AUGCAACCACGUCGACCCAUGUCGCCAGGUGGUCAGAAGUCUGACUUACAUCAGCCAAAAGCAAAGAACCAACCUCAAGGACAGCUUGCGGCACUUUUACAUGGUAAACUUGAUUAUGAGGACUUAUUUGCAGGCAAUUCCUCUUCAUUAUUCCCUGAUGACCAUCGCUCAAACAGCGCACCGCCCACACAACAGUUAUUACAUGGCAAGCGUGCAGUUCCCGAAGGCUUUAUAGAUACCGGCUAUCAAGAAACUCAGGAUGUACAUCAACCAAACGCCCAACGGCAGUUGUGGCAGCAAGGAGAAGAAGGCCUUGGUACACAUGAUUCAUUUAAUAACGUAAACCAAAUAAAAAAGGAUGACACACUGGCGAAUAGGCGUCAAAGAAAUUUGGUGGAUCUUAUUCAGCAGGAUUUCCCGAGAACGCCUUCUCCUUUGUUUGCUCUUCAGCAGCAAGCACGACAACGACACGCUGUUACAUCCAGUAAUAGCACAAACAGUGGAUUUUCCUUUGAUGAUCCUGUUUCGAUAGGAGACUUGGAUGCUAUCCAGAAGCAGUAUCGUGAUCAGUUAAACGCUUUAGAUUAUGAUGACAUGAUGUAUCGAAACAGACAACCCUCAUCUUCUUCACUGGCCAGUGCUCAACUAGAAAACAGUAACAACUUGCCCUCCAUGUUACACAUGACAAUGGAUGAGAACCCUAUUUCUCCUCCAAUUCGUAACAAGUUUGCCUUUCCUGGAACACCCCCUGCCCGCUCCAAUUCAACGCCUCCUGGAAGGAACGUCUAUGAUGACUUAGAUCGUCAGACAGAAAUGCUGAUGAGCCAAUUCGGUGGAUUUGGUCUUAACGAUGAGGAUGAGUACAAUGCAUCCUCAUCUAAUCCUCAGUAUGUGCAGCAGAUGCAACAAGCUGCAAGAUUUCAAUCGCUGAGUGCAGUCAACAGUCCAUACCUGGGCCUUGCUCCUCCUCAUGCUUAUAGCCAGCCAUCACUGUACAACACAUUAUCUGAGGAUGAUAAUGGUCUUGGCGUAGAUAUGUCAAUGUAUGGCCGCUGGAGCCAAGGAGAUAUUGCGUAUCGUAGACAGCAACAAGCCGCCGCCGCCGCCGCUGCUGCUGCUGCCAACCUUAGUCAUCUGAAUGGACCUUUAACAGCGCCUGCUGGAAUUGACCCUGCUGGCUUUCCUGAGAACCCGCUUCCGAAUAGUGCUACUGACAAGAAGCUUCGUGCCUUACAACAGCAGCAAUUGUUGAUACAGCAACAACAACAGCAAUUACUUGCUGCACGUCAGCAGUUAUUACUGCAACAACAAAUGCAUCUUAAUAGCAGCAAUAUGAUAAAGACAAGAAAUGAUAAGCAUCAUCAUAAUCAACAUCAGCCAGCGCCUGUAACACACGACAUAGCCAUGAGCAUCCGUAGUCCUCUGCUCGAAGAAUUCAGAAACUCCAAAAACAAGAAAUAUGAGCUCAAGGAUAUCGAGGGACAUAUUGUUGAAUUUAGUGGUGAUCAACAUGGUUCUCGUUUUAUUCAACAAAAGCUGGAAACAGCCAACAGUGAUGAAAAGCAGAUGGUAUUUGAAGAAGUAUUGCCAAAUGCGCUUCAAUUGAUGACGGAUGUUUUUGGAAAUUACGUUUUACAAAAGUUCUUUGAACAUGGGAAUCAAAUGCAAAAAACAAUUUUGGCCAAACAGAUGGAGGGACAUGUUUUGUCACUCUCGCUCCAAAUGUAUGGUUGUCGCGUUGUUCAAAAGGCUUUGGAACAUGUGCUUACGGAACAACAAGCUAAACUGGUUAAAGAACUAGACGGUUGUGUGCUAAAGUGCAUUAAAGACCAGAAUGGUAAUCAUGUAAUCCAAAAGGCAAUUGAACGCGUGCCAGCCCAGCAUAUACAAUUUAUCAUUGACGCUUUCCAUGGUCAAGUCUAUAAUCUUGCUACUCACCCAUAUGGCUGCAGAGUUAUUCAGCGCAUGUUUGAACAUUGUACUGAAGAUCAAACGGGACCAUUGCUUGAUGAGUUACACAGAUGUACAAGUCAGUUGGUUCAAGAUCAAUAUGGAAACUAUGUAAUCCAGCACAUUCUGGAACGCGGUAGACCUGCUGAUAAAGCACUUGUAAUUGAAAAGAUCCGAGGACAUGUAUUACAACUUAGCAAACAUAAAUUUGCUAGUAAUGUUGUAGAAAAAUGCGUUGAUUUUGGCUCAAAGAAGGAUAGGCAACUAUUGAUUGAAGAAGUGCUUCAACCAAGACCUGAUGGUACUUUGCCAUUGGCCAUAAUGAUGAAAGACCAGUACGCUAACUAUGUUAUUCAAAAAAUGCUGGAUGUCGUGGAUGAUGAUCAACGUGAGUUGCUCGUAACCAAGAUAAAGCCUCAUCUCCAAUUUUUGAAAAAGUAUACCUAUGGCAAACAUUUAAUUCAAAAAGUAGAAAAGCUAUUACCUUUCGUAACCAAUUCCGAGGAUCAACGAGAGAGUACGACUACGACUACUACUGCUUCUCAGUAA